UUCUCGUACCACUGCUAUUUUAGCUCUCUCUCUCUUGUUGUUGCCGAAUUGAGUGAUUGAUACUCCAUAUCCCGCAACAUCCCAGCGAGAGGAAUUAUCCAUUAAUUAGCAGUGAGAGCAAGGAAAGUGAUAGGCUCUCACUCGGGGCACUCCUUUUCCUCUUCCUUCUUGGGAGUUCUUGGGAGCUUUCAUACUGUACAAGUGUUGCAAGUGUACAGGAAGAACAGAACUUACAACGUUCUUUGUUUGUGUGCUCUGUUUCAGGGAGUUUUGUUCACAGUCUCACACAAACAUACAAAGAGAGGUAUGGGCAUCUCCCUGUGGCAGGCCGAAUAUCACACCAAAGCCGGAUACAGAUACAGAUCGGAUCACCCGGGUACGCUUUUAUAUUAUUUCCAGAGCAGGCUAAAGAAGUGAGACAAAAUGUAAGGGGUGGGAGGAAGGAGUAGUCUAUUCUUUCUUCUAGGCACGGAACUAGAAACCAUGGCUGGUGGAUCCAGCCGCUCACCGCUGCUGGUCACCGCUACAAGAUGUGAGAGUCGUGGGCUUUGAGCUUCUGGACAAAGCAGCGAGGAAAAAGAAGAGUUUUUUCUCCUCCUUUCCCAUCUCAGAGGUGUGUAGUCAUAGAUAGGGAUAAAAGGAGGAGCGGACAGGAGGGAUAUGGGCAGAUCCAAGGCCAUUGUUGUUCAUCAACAGCAGCAGCAUCAAGCGAGAAAGAGCGGUGAUGCGGUGCACAGGCCAGCAAACAUACGCAUCAGGCGUGCGAUACUGGCUGGGAAGCGGGGGCCUACGACGCCAGUUCCGAGCUGGAAGCUGUACGAGAAUCCUUCCUACGACGGGAUCAUGGCGGGGAGCGAGGCUGCCGGUCGCCAGAUAACUAUCUCGGCACGAAAGUUAGCCGCCACGCUGUGGGAGCUCCAGGAGCUUCCGCUUUGUCCUGCCAGAGGAGGCCCACCUUCGUCGGCUAAAAUGCGCUCGCGCUCAUCGUCACAGGCCAGGCAGCGGGAGUCCGUUGCAAGUCCAAAGCAUCUGAUGCUGCCUCCACCGUCGCCUACGACCCCCGUUCCUCACAAUGCCACUAACAAUCAGAGAAGAAGCCCAUACUCGGACUCGGUAACCUAUCACAGCCGAAGAGCGUCGGAAGAACUCUACGCGUCGGAAACAUCCCGGCACAGCUUUGAGAUGGAGUCCCAGAAUAAACAGCAGCAACAGCAGCAGCAAGAUAUGGUCGACGAAGUUGCUUCGCGAGUAAAAGAAUGCCUUCCAAACUCGAAUGAUUUCCUCAAAGUUCUAUCGCACAUCCGGGGCAUGGACCAGCAACAAGCCGGAUCGACUCCUUUGGCUACUGUUCUACGGGUGGAGCUAGAACACACACGACAGCGGGUGAGAGAGCUGGAACACGCCAACAAAGCGGCUCGCAGGGACGUCGAGAUCCUCUUGGAGAGAAGCGAGAGCGAGAGGGCUGCAUGGCGAGCCAAAGAACAGGAAAGGUGGCGAGCCAUCGUUAUCGAGGCGAAGAGCGAGGCCGAGGAAGAGAAGCGGCAUAAACGCAAGGCCGAGCACCUGAACCGGAAGCUGGCACGGCAGCUGGAAGAGACAAGCUCGGCUCUCUCGAAAGCCAUGAACGAUCUGGAGCGAGAGAGAAAGGCGAGGCAGCUGAUGGAGGAAGUGUGCGACGAGCUGGCUCGUGAGAUCGGGCAGGACAAGGCGGAGGUGGAGGAGCUCAAGCGAGAGUCGGAGAAAGUCCGCGAGGAGGUGGAGGAGGAGCGAAGGAUGCUGCAAAUGGCGGAGGUGUGGCGGGAGGAGCGAGUCCAAAUGAAACUCGCGGAAGCGCGCCACGAACUGGAAGAGAAGAACGCGAGCCUGGACAGGCUUCGAGGCGAGCUGGAGGAGUUUCUGCGGAACAAGUCCGCGGCAAGAGCCGGCGAGAGCCAGGAGCUGGACAAGGCGACGACGCUGCGAGCCGCGGUGGAUUCCCUGCGGAAGCCAAACGAGACUGGGAGCUCGGCCGAGGAGGACUUACACUCGAUCGAUCUGAACAAGGAAUCGCUCUACGAUCGAACGCAAGGGAACCGCUGGACUUACGCCAGGAACAAGCAGGGCCAGGCGGACAAUCCAGCCGAGAAGAGGCAAGAGCUGCGGAGAAAAGCCGUCAGGGGACGGAGGAGGCUUCGGAGGCAGCGAACUUACGACGAGAACAGCCUGGUGGAGCAGCAGUCGACGGAGCAAGAGAAUGGUCCGGACGAGAGCUGCUUCGAUGGACGAGGUGAGGGCUAUGGUUUCGGCCCGAGCAGAAGGAUCGACACGAUUCCAGAGCAGCAGGAGCUCUACAUGGAGAGCGUCCGAGCUUCUUCCAGGCAGCACAGAGGAGGAGGAGCUUGGCAUGGCAACAACGAGGAGGACGAAGAGGAAGACGAGGACGGGGAUCAACAAACGCUAUGCAAAGCUGAGGAUGAUUUCGCUCUCGAGUACGCACAGCACAGGAGGAGCCAAGACGGGAGCACGCCGACGCUGUCGCCUCUGCUGCACUCGUCGUUUCCAUUGAUGAGCUCCUCGAUGGUGGCGACGCCCCAGAGAAAUAGCUGGAGCUCUUCCGGGGACGUGAAUUGGCCGCGGUCGAGCAGCCGAGACAACAGCCUGAGAGCCAAGCUGUUGGAGGCCAAGAUCAUGGACGAGCCUGUGCACCACCACCAUCGCGUUUGAACUAGAAUUACCAUUUCAUGGUCAAGGUUGACGCUUUUGACAAUUGACUGUGCACUUGGUCAAACUUUGUAGCAAUUAAUUUAUCAUACAUUUUACGGCCAA